AUGGCUUGGAAUAAGAAGGAAGCUCUGUUCAAUUUGCAAAUCAUACCUUUCUCGGCCUUUUGGCUAAGAUCAAGUGUAGUAUCUGUUCUUAUCAGUUUAAUAUCUGAUACGUGGGCCAAUGGCCCACACGAUAUUAAAUUAAUUUUUAUAGGGGGAGAAGGCCCACUACUGGAGCUUGCUUCAGGAGCUUUCUUGCGUGUCGCUCAUGCGUUGCACUAUUGCACGGGCCUGGCGCACCCCACCAAUGCGAGUCCAAUCCUUGUGAUCAAAGCAAUUGGGACGAUUGCCAUUUUGAAGGAAAGCUGA